AUGUCCAAUUCCACCCAAGCCCAGACCAAGGCCGAUGCCUCCGAGCAGCCCCAACAACAGCAGAAGCCCCAAGUGCUCGAGGAAGACGAUGAGUUCGAGGACUUCCCCGUCGAGGGUAAGCUCUCCCUCUACGCGCGGGCUUCUACCACCGCGUCAAGCCGUGGACAUGUGCUGACCGUUUCUCUGCCAGAUUGGCCCCAGGAAGAAGCCGAGCAGAAUGGAUCAGCAGCCAACGGAGGCAACGAGCAUCUCUGGGAGGAGAGCUGGGAUGACGACGAUGCUGCGGAGGACUUCUCCAAGCAGUUGAGGGAGGAGCUCAAGAAGGUCGAAGCAUCGCACUAG